AUGGGUAGACGUUUUAUCUGUGAUUAUUGCGACAAAUCAUUUCCAGAUAAUCCAAUUAAUCGAAGAAAUCAUCUUAAAGGUGUACAACAUCAACAAGCUCGAAAAUUACAUUAUGAUAAAUUUCUUGAUCCUAAAGAGAAACUUAGUAUAGAGAAAGCAAAGAAACCAUGUAUAACAUUUCGUAAUUCUGGUACAUGCACGUAUGGUCCAUUAUGUAAAUAUUCUCAUAUAACCAUCGAAGAGAUUCGUAUAUUAGAAGAGAAAUCUAAUGCUGAACUUCUUGCUUCAUCUUACUUAAAUCAUUUAACAUCUGAAGUGAAUAUUGAUAAUCAAAUUAAUAUAUUAGAAUCAAAAUUAAUAUCUAGGCGUGAUAAACAAUCAAAUUCUGGAUCAACUAAACAAUUUCAUAUUCCAGAAGGAAUACAACUAUUAUAUCUACCUCCGUCAUUGUCUUUACAUUAA